AUGUUAUUUGAAACGACUUCAAAGUCCGCUGCUUCGAAAUGGAUGUCGCUCGAGAAUCUUCUGCGGGUUGCCUCCAAGAACGACCAUCUGAAGAUACCGACGGUGGAAACUGAACGCGUCGGGCAUGCGAGCAAGGUCCUUCACUCCAAGUUGGGUUGCGAUCUUCUCCUUGACUCAAAUGGAAUUCUGUUCCCGGUGCAUUCAGCCUGGAUACUCGGUGGCCCAAGUGCGGAUUGGAUGCUGCAAAUCUACAACGAUUUCACCCGCGAUAUGAAGUCAGUGGAAUUCAGCCUGGAAAUGAUCAAGUUCGCUGAAUUCCUGAAAUACCCGGCUUUGAUCAACGCCGCGUACGCCAAGAUGAUAGAGCAACUUCUCUUCAGAGGUCACUUUACGCCGACCGCCAUGAAGGACUUUGUAGAGUGGACAUAUGGGGACGACAAGAUAUGUAAGGACGAAGAGGGGUUGCUGAAACAUCUCAUUGUCGCAGCUACCUUGGCGCAUGGUUACAAGCACUGGGACCAGGCUCGGCGUGACGAGUUUGUCGGCCUCAUUCGUCAUCAGAAAGGGUUCGUCGAUGAUCUGGCAGCAGCGGAAGAGCUGAAUAAGACGCUUUCGAAGUCACCACAAGGAUCUCAAAAGAAAGAGAAGAAGAAGAAGGGCUUCUUGAAAAGGAGACAUGAUGCUAGCAAGUAG